AUGCAUCGUACUCAGAACCUCGACUAUGGCGUGGUAUUGAAGGGAACGGCUGAGAUGGAAUUCGACAACGGCCCUGUGACCAUCCUGAAGCGUGGGUUUUUGCAGUCCAGCGAGACGCCAGCCAUGAGUGGCGGAUACCAACCAAGACUGAACGGGGGAGAAUGCUUUUCGUUCUACAAGAUUGCCAGCCAGUUGUGGUUGGUGGGGUGA